UUUACAAUACGGGUUACUUAAAAGAUAAGUCCUCCUUUGUGUAAAAAGUAUCGAUAUUUUUCAAUAGGCUACGAUCAAAUGAAUAAUCAACCAAAACAGAUAUAUUCCAAUGACAUUCCAUGGUGUGGGUAUAUUCUUACAUUGUUUUGUGACAUGACAAACACAAUCACUUGUAUUGGAUGUAAAGACGUGUGUGUAUUGGCAAGAAACAACCAGAUGAUUGGCAAGAAAUAAACAAACUAGACGUGUACACGCAAGGAACUAUUAUUCAGAUAAUAAGAGACCUGUCUUUUAUGUGUAUACUGAUCCCCGACAUGAGAUAAUGUCAUAUUUGGAAAUAUUGUGUAACAGCUCUAAUGUAUGAGUAGCUAUUUACAUAUUUCUUUAUUAAUUCUUCAAGAUCUUUUGAGUGACAAGGAUACAGAAAAAGCUUGUGAUAUUCAGAAGUGUACAAGAAAUACGCACACAAUAAAUAAUUGGCAGAUUCAGUAAAAAAGACAUCAUGGUUUUCGUCAGAAGAACGACGACUGUGAGUUAUUCAUGGACACCACAGUACCAGCAGCCUCAGAGAAACAACAGGACCAAACUUCAAUAUAGAAAACCUACUAAAUCGCUAACGAGAGCGAAGACAUUUGAUUUUGUACAGAAGCAACAUAAUCCCGUGAGAACUAUCACGAGACAAGAGCCAGUAAGCUUAAGCUUAGAUGAUAUAUGCCAUCUUGCCGAACGAGAAAGAUUAAGUUACUCUGCUAAAACAAGAAGGGCAGCUGUUGAACUUGCACAGAAUAAAACUCAUAAGUUUCAGGAAUACGCUCCAAGUCGUCCGCACACAAGUGCUAGUCGAUAUAUGCAGGAUGUACGAAGAGAUGCAAUGACACCAAAGAGCAUCCGAAGUGAACCACUUCCGUCUCGUGCCAAUUCUCGUAUUGGUGCGAAUGACAUCGACGACGAUACAGAUUCAGUAUAUCCUAUUAACUAUUUAGCAUCUCUCCCUGUGGGAAGGGAAAUUUGUGAAAUCAUAGGACCUCAAGUGUGUAGUCAGUGUAAACAAGAUCAGUCUAGACAAAUGGGAUUAUACAAGUGUGAUCAAUGUUUCCCAACAUUACGGAUAUCUCACGAGAACAUGACUACAGCUGCCGUAUUACAAAGAUAUUUACCAGAUUUAAGUGAAAGUGAUAUUCAAGAUAAAAUAGCGAAAGGUGAAAUUGCUAAGCCAAGACUUUUAAAAAAAAGACUCGCAAUAAAAGACUAUCAACAGCCGAAAAAGGAAAUUCAAAAAAUAGAAAACGAUGAUGAAAACGAAAAUAAAAACAAAAACAGCAGCAAUAACAACAAAACUAGUUUGAAUCGAUCUCCGUCGAUGUUUUUUGUAAAUAUCAGAGAUUUAAAUGCAAAGAUAGUGUCUGGGCAAUUACACCGUGCAAUGGGCUUUUCUGAAAAAGUUCAAGAAGAAGUUUUAAAGCGUCAAGAAAAUCGACGAAAGCGCAGUACGCCUACACCUACAAGGAAACCGGAGUCGGAACCAGUUGCUGAACAAAAGGAGAGAAAAGCUAUAUUUAAUCCAGAUAUUCUUCUCUCAGUAUCGAUGCAAGUAAAUGAACCUUCAUUUUUCGCCGGUUCAAAAAAAGAAUAUGAACUUCCUGAACGUUUACCGGACCCUCUUCAAUUUGCGGAUAUUCGAGAAAGAAGGCAAUUGAGCUCAAAAAAAGACUUUCCAUUAUGUGAAUUAGAGGAAGAACCCGAAGAUGAUGAAGUAGCUGACAUAAUGAGUUGAUGAUAACGUUUAUAGCUUCCUAUGCAUCCCAUAUUUCAAUAAAUAAAUCUAAAGAA